AUGUCCGUCUGCAACAACGGCGGCGCCAGGAUGCCUUCUCCCCACGAGGCUUCCAAUGGCUUCCCCCAGCCCAGCGCCUCGGGCACAUGGCACAAGCCCGAGGAGGAAGCACGGCUGGUAGAGGCCGGCUUGGUGAAGAAGGCCCAUCGGGAAAUCCUGGACCACGAGAGGAAAAGGCGUGUGGAGCUGAAGUGCAUGGAGCUCCAGGAGAUGAUGGAGGAGCAAGGGUACUCUGAAGAGGAGAUCCGGCAGAAAGUAGGAACUUUCCGGCAGAUGCUGAUGGAAAAGGAGGGCGUGCUCACCCGGGAGGACCAGCAUGGGAGACAGAUAGUGAUAGAAAACCAUCACAUGGUGGAUGGAGAAGAAUACACAAUGGAGUACCCUGCUUACGGAGAGGGCUACCCCCUGCAGUGUGACUGUACAACUGACUGCUAUCAAGAUGACAGCAGUCACAGAGAGUACAGGCUGAAGAGGCGGUCCAGCACCUCGACCUCACCUCCACCCAAGAAGAAAAAGAAAAAGAAAUCGGGUCAUCGCAGGAGCCGCAAAAAGAGGAAACCUGGAUCGGAGCGCAGUGGGGAGAGCUCCUCUCCAAUCCGAAAGGAGAAGAAGAAAAAGACAGGGAAAAAGCAUAGGAGGGACAGAUCUGCAUCCGGAUCUCGCAAGAAGAGGAGGCACAGGUCCAGAAGUCCCAAGAGCAAAAGGAAAGAGAAAAACAAAGACCGCAAAAGGUCAUACAGCGAAUCGUCUACCCAGCGGUCUCACAGGCACAGCAGCUGCAGUUCUCGGAGUGCCUCCCUCUCUUCAAGUUACAGCAACUGCAAAUCAACAAGCCGAAUGAGCCCCAAGUACAGAGAGGAUGGUCAGAAGGCCAACAGCCAUCGGUCCAGCCGGAGUCCCUCCUCUUCUUGCACUGGCCACAGCCGAUCAGCCACACCUCACCAAAACGGACACAAGGGCAGCGCCCAGAAUGGACGCCAUAGCCACGGGGCCCUCGUGGAGAAACAACAGGAGCAGAGGCUGGAUUCUGCAUCACCUUCAUCUAGGGUGCACGUCAAGACCGAAGCGCCAUCACCUCAUGCCAAAGCUGGCAGGGGGACGAAGCAUGGCCUCAAGACCCCACGGCGGUCCAUAUCACCGGGGAGGUGCUCUGGAGGAGAUAAACACCUUCACAGGCGCCGAUCCAGAUCUGCGUCAAUGCAUAAGCACAAAGGGCGUGGCAGGACAAAGGCUUCUGGCCCUAAGGACUCCCCACGCUCUGUCAGCCAUACAGGCUACAGCAGUGACUCAGAGGGGUCCACCAGCUCACAUCCAUACCAUGCGACAGCUGGGGCAGAAAAGAACCACGGAGUGCACACGAAAACGACAAAGGAAAGGCACCAUCGGGGAAGACCUCAUAGCUGCUCUCCGCCCCCAGUCAAACACUCCAGGCACAAUUCAGGGCGAAGGAAGAGUCUGUCACGCAGCAGCACUUGGAGUUCCAGUAGGUCACCAUCAAAAUCCCGGUCCCGAUCCCGGGAAAAGAGAUCUGCACGCAGCAGGACACGAUCUGGAUCACAGAAAAAAAACACUAGCAGCAGAGAGAAGGAUAACGAGCCACGAACCCGGCACAGCGACACUGAACCGACCCGCACCCGACGUCGUUCCCGAAGCUAUUCCCCCAUCCGGAAGAGAAGGCGUGACUCUCCCAGCUUUAUGGAGCCCAGAAGGAUCACUAGUGCUCGCAAGCGUCCGAUCCCCUACUACCGGCCCAGCCCGUCAUCCUCCAGCUCACUGAGCAGCUACUCUUAUAGCCGCAGCCGCAGCUAUGACAGCUACAGCCACAGCCACAGCCGUAGCCGGACACGCAGCCACAGCCGCAGCCCAAGUUACAACAGCUGCAGCAGCUCCGAGAGCACUGGCUUUUGA